AUGCCGGCCUCUGGGGCCAUGUCUAGUACAAACGUUGACACAACAUGUAAGGCAGCCGGUCACGUCACACCGUGUGCCGGUACAACCUGCCAAGGGGACUGCGUCCUGCUGCCCAACCUGAACAAUUGCAGCUGGCCGAUGGACCAGCUGGCUAAAGCAGUGUGCGGCGGCGGCCACGCCUCGCAGUGCCCUCCACUGGACCAGACGUACAUCGUCAUGCAAGACUCCUGGCGGGAAGGUUCAGCCUGCGGAGUUGAGAUGGCUGGCUGUCCCUCAGGCUAUCUCACUGGUCCUACGUGCUACUGCGCCACUGGCAACGACCACAGUGACAGAUACGCACUUUGUGCCCGAGCUCUCGGAGAGGACCCAGGCUAG